AUGUCAGCCCUUAUUUCUCUCUCUGCUGCAGGAUUGAUAGAAAAAGACACCAAUGGGGAUGUCUUGUGGACGUGGUCGUACCCUCAAUCUCCAGCGACAUAGAAGAAGAUGCUGAUGAGAAAAUGCUGCCUUUCCCAGGAGGGAGCCAUCGUUGUACCGUUUGUCUACGGUCAGUUUCACAGGGAGUGGUUUUACAUCAUGACCGUGCCUGUGGAAUAUGGAUCUGCCCUGAAGAAGGUAAAGCACUUCUCCUUCAUUUUACUUGCCAAAGACUUCAAUCCUGAGAAAUCAUACCUGAGCGAGAUCCUAUGUAGGGUAUACCUGACAACAGGGAAUGCUGCCACAAUCUUGAAGGGCUACCUCUCCGUCAACAAAGGCACUUGCCCCAGUGAAAGCAAUGGAACCUUUGUCGCCCAAGACUUUGAUGCAAAGAAGGCGUACACAGCUGGUUGUGUAAAAGAUGUUAUCAACUCAUUUGGUCUAGAAACCAUCCUCAUCUACACAGCUCUACUGUUGAAGAAGAAGAUAGUUGUAUACCACUCUAGAGUAGAAGAGGUCAUUAAAUUCAUAAGGGCAUUACCCUGCCUGGUGUGGCAUCGGCAGAACUGGUCCAUCCUUCACCCGUACGUACACAUGGAAGAAGACGAACUAGAAGAUCUCAGGAUGGGGCCUGCGUACGUCGCUGGCUUUGUAGACGCGGCCGUGGAGAACGCCACUGAAUUAUACGAUCUGUUUGUGAAUCUAUCAACCGACGAAAUAACAGUAGCACCUAAUGCCAAAGACACGUUCACCAUGAGUAGAACACACAAAGACAUCGCCCAGCUGAUGGUCAAGUGCGCUAGUGAUGAUGCCAUGUCAGAUCUACAAGUCAUCAAGGAAAUCUCCAAGAAGACCAGUGAGCUGAUAAACAACUUGAAAUCCCUCUCAGAGAACGAAGACGAUCCCAAGAUCACCCUGGAGAGACUCAAAGGGAGGAAGCUACCACCAGCUACAGAGGGGUUCCUCUUUGGUAUCGCUGCCGCUGAAGGACUCGUUCAGAUGUGAUCAGAUACUGGAAUACUAUAGGAUUGCCGUACAAGAUUUUGAAAUACAAUGAUUAGGAACAUGAUUGUUUUCAUUUGUUUUUCGAGCUGCAAGGGCGUUUAUACUCAUAAACUUUAAAAAGAAUGUAACACUUGAUGGCCCAGAACAUUCUAUAAUGUUUUGCACAAGAUCAUACAAUGGAUUUAUUAAUUGAUAAUGGAGAUUUGUUUCACAAUAUAACUGACAAUAUGUAUAAUAUGCUUACGAUUUGCCCUCAAAUAUUCUUUGUAUGAAUGCUUCUACUGUAUUUUUGCAUUUUGAAAUGAAUUCCAGAUUAUAUUCCAGACAUUUCCUGAGCAAAAAUGCAAUUCAUAUUUAUAAAAAAAAGUGACUACCGUAAUCAGGUUACUUACAGAAAAUGCAUGCUUUUUGUAAUAAAAACUUUACUGCACAUUGUGUCUGUUGUUUAUUGGCUUGUAAGAGCUCAUACAAUCACUUUUAUUUCAUUGUUUUUACUGAAUUUCCUUUUUAUACUUGAACAAAUAUCAUUAACUUUAAUGCCAAUUUUUAUGAUAUCCAUCUCAUGAUGCAGUGCAAUUCCAAAGUAAAAUAUGGAAGAACUACACAACAUCCUUUUCACAUAUUGUACUUGCAAUGUUUUGCUAUACAAAUUAGGAUACCUUAUGUAGGAAAAUAGGCUGUCUGAGAUGCUGAGUUUGACAACACCUGCCCUAAAGAUUGCACUUUCAAGCUCUAUUCUAAUAUUUGGUGAAAAGCAACCUUUACUAGACUAGUUGCAAAAUUUAAAGAAAUGAGAUCACAAUGUACUUCAUACAUGUGCAUACUACGACAUACAAAUCUGGUAUUAUGCGCCGAGCAAUUAUUGAAUGUAUUUUUUUAAAAACUACCAUCAUAACAUUCCCUCUUACUACUCAUUGGGGUUUUAAUUUAGCAGCGGCCCGUUUGUUUAUAGCAGUUUUCCGUCUCCUUUUACUGUACACUGAUCAGAGUGCUGAUACCAAAAAAAAUGCAUCUGCAUAAGACACACAGAUCUUGUAUUAUGCAUCGAGCCAUUAUUGAAUGCAUUAUUUUUUUAUUACCAUUUUUGGUAUUUUAAUUCAGCAGCAGUCAUUAAAAAAAAAACAGUUUCCCAUCUCAUGUGGGAAUAGGGCUUUUGAGGUUAUGAUCGACACCCCCCCCCCCCAACAAAAAAUGAUAGGAAUUCAUGUUUAACGGCAAUGAUGAAUUUUUGAAAACUAUUUAUCUUGAAAAAUUUCAGGUCUUUAGCCAAUGAAGAUACAAACAAGACAGUAUGAUAUUUUUAAUUCACCUUUAUUCAGUACCAAUCUCCUUUUGAAAUGUCUGCUAUUUUGUCAAAUUAUACAGGAAUUCAGCAAUAUACGAGUAGUACUAUGGUUAUUUUCACUCUCACAGAAUUUUGUCGAGAGAUAGAAUUGAAACUUACAGCAUGGGUAUUUUUUUACAUUGUUUAAUGUCUUUUGACAGAUAGUUCUCCAUUAUCUUGGAUUGGAAAAUAUUAAUACCUUCCUACUUAUUUAAUGUAGAUGUAGUCUUUAUCUUAGUCAAGUAGUCAACACAACAGUACGCUAGUUUUACUUAAAAUACUGUUUACAUUUAUCCAUUUGGAAAUUGGAAUAUUAUAUUAUUAUCAUGUAAUUUUUUUAAAUAUAUGCUUCAAGGAUUGCAAUAGUUUUAAGAAUACUGAAAGUUACUUUUUCUGUCAUUGAUAUCUGAUUUCAAGAGGUAAUUACGUUUUUUUUUCCCCCAAUGUAACUGUACCUUGUACAUAACAAAUUUAUAUAGUAUGUAAAUAAAUAUAUAAUUUUCAUAUGAAUGCAACCACAAA